UGAAAGACACCAAUGCCAUCACUUCCAGUUGUAACGCUGAACUGUCCGUCCAAUAGCAUAUCUGGGAUUGGAUCUUUGUCCUUCGUUUUCCUAAACCCCUCUCGAUCUUGUUCCAUUUUAGACCAGAUUCCCACAUUCUUUUGAGGCAGACAUGUUCCUCUUUGAUUGGCUCUAUGGGGUGCUCGCAUCGCUGGGCCUAUGGCAGAAGGAGGCCAAGAUUCUUUUCUUGGGUCUCGACAAUGCUGGCAAGACCACCCUUCUUCACAUGUUGAAAGACGAGCGACUAGUGCAACACCAGCCGACCCAGCACCCCACUUCGGAGGAGCUGAGUAUUGGGAAAAUCAAGUUCAAGGCUUUCGAUUUGGGUGGCCACCAGAUCGCUCGCAGAGUCUGGAAAGAUUACUAUGCUAAGGUGGAUGCAGUGAUUUACCUUGUUGAUGCUUAUGACAAGGAGAGGUUUGCAGAAUCAAAAAAGGAGCUGGAUGGCCUCCUUUCAGAUGAAUCCCUUGGUGAUGUUCCAUUUCUUGUGCUGGGGAACAAGAUUGACAUUCCCUAUGCAGCUUCAGAAGAUGAGCUAUGCUAUCAUCUAGGGCUGACCAAUUUCACAACUGGCAAGGGGAAGGUGACUCUUACAGAAUCCAACGUCCGGCCCAUUGAAGUUUUCAUGUGCAGUAUUGUUCGCAAGAUGGGCUAUGGUGAUGGCUUCAAGUGGCUCUCACAAUAUAUCAAGUAGAAGUAGAGUGAGGGGAUAACUAUUUGCUCUGUGUUCAAUGUUCAUGUGCUAACUUUUCUGCAGUUCUAAGGCGCCUGAAUACAUGGGAGUAUAUUUUUUAGUACAUCAUUUUUUGUGUUGGCAUUGAAGGAUUAACAACUGCAGAAUUUUGUUGUUUUCGAUUUGGGUCUAUUGUUGGGAAGUUUACCCUUCUUUUUUUUUUUGGUUUUUUUGUUUUUCUUUAGGGUCUUCCAUUCUCUCUUCCUUCCGGAUCAAGAAUGAGAAGGAUCCUCCCUU